AUAACAUUUUCAACAUUCUUCCUCAACAGUAUUUAUUCGACUUUAGCAAAAUUUUUCUGACUAUGCUUAUCAUGAAGGUAAGUUCAUCUCGCAUUGCUAAUGGAAAUCAGGAACUUGGCCAAGAUGAUGGACAGGAAGUUCAGCAGCCACGUCCAUCAAUGGAUGUUUUUAAUGAUCUUUUGCAAGGAAUCUUUAACCCUGGCCUUACAUCUUUGGUCCAAAUUAUUCGGUGUUCUAAGCAAUGCCCAACCACCUUCCAAUUCGUCCGCAAUCUACGCUACCCAAAGGAGAUUUCAUCAAAGCCUUAUCAGAAGAAAUAUGAGAGUCUUGUGUUCCUGCAAUAUGAUGGAAGGAAGGGCAGUGUUGUAAGGCACGUCGGUAAGUUCCUUGAUGCCAUAGGGGCUCACAUUGGCGAUAAAGAUUUGUGCCUAUAAGCCAUCCUCUCUAUUGCUGAUGAGACCGAAGGAGAGUGCCUCAAUACCGAAGCACAUGAUAGCCGUGCUUAUCUUGAGUCCUCUAAUGCCAUCACAUUCAUUAACGAAGAUAUGGAGGCAUCGUAUCUUGACCAUAGAAAGUCUCUUUAUUUAUCUGCUCAGAUUAAUUCUAUCAGUAUCAAACGUGCACUUGUUGAUAUUGGAUCUUCUCGAAACCUGAUACCAUUGCGCACCAUCAUCUCUCUCGAAGCUGUUGAUCUUGGGGAUGAUCUAGCGAAUCUUAAACAUGUGCAUAUUAGCACCACUCUUUCUACUGAUGAGAGAGCCAAGUUGAUCGACUUGUUUUGGGAAUACAAAGAUGUCUUGGCUUGGAACUGUGUUGAGAUGCCGGGGUUUGAUCUAGCCGUGGUGGUGCAUUCUCUAAGUGUUGAUCCUAAAGUAAAGCCGGUUGUGCAGCCAAAUCUUGCCUUUCACCUAGAAGUGCCGGGGUUUGAUCUAGCCGUGGUGGUGCAUUCUCUAAGUGUUGAUCCUAAAGUAAAGCCGGUUGUGCAGCCAAAUCUUGCCUUUCACCUAGAAGUUGCCUUUCACCUAGAAGUUAUGCUCAAAAUUAAAGAAGAGUUCGAGAAGCUCUUGGUUGUAGGAUUCAUUAAGCUGACCAAGAAGGCCACUUGGUUGGCUAACAUUGUGUCAAUUCAAAAGGAGAAUGGGCAAAUCAGGUGUUGCGUUGACUUCCGCAACCUCAACAAGGCAUGUCCGAAUCAUGAAUUGUCAUUUCAAACAUGGAUGUGCUGAUGAACAAUACUGCUGGCUGUGAGAUGUAUUCCCUCAUGGAUGGUAGUAGUGGAUGUAAUCAAGUCAAUAUGUGUCU